AUUUCCAAAAAUAUUGGCAAGGUGUAAUUAAGGAGAGUGAAAAAGAAAACCUAUUGCCAGAUCUUUCUCAAGGUUUUCAAGAACCGAAAAGAAUAAGAGAAGAUGAUGAUGGUUCAUCUAUUGAACUUUGGAAGAAACAAAGCCGAAUUUUAGAACAAAACAAGGAUAAGUUAGUUUACAGACAUGUUGUAAAUGACGAAAUCCUUGUUGCUUCGGCAUAUGCCUCGUCAUGGAUGUCUCUGUCUUCAGCGGAUGAGCCUGAGCUUCAGGCAAUUGUCGAAAGUCUUCUGCCGCUAAGACAUCGUGUUCCAGAACUUUCUUUAAUAAUGGAUGGCAAAAAGCCAAAGGGGAUUAGGUCGAUUUUGUUACUCGGACAUUUGUUAUGA